ACUUCACAUCUAGCUCUGCCACUUCCCUUCCAAAAGGAAAGAGAGACAUUAGCAAAGAGAGGUAGUGAAGAGCGAGAGUGAAGAAGCAAAGAAAUGGCCCUAAUUUCCACUCAGAACCCUUGGCUUUUCGUUUUUGGUCUUCUAGGCAACAUUUCCUCGUUUGUGGUUUUCCUAGCUCCACUAUCGACCUUCUAUCGAAUUUGGAAGAAGAAAUCAACCGAGGGCUUUCACUCUGUUCCAUAUUUGACUGGCCUCUUCAGUGCAAUGCUUUGGAUCUACUACGCCUUACUCAAAGCUGAUGCUUUCCUUCUCAUCACCAUCAAUGCUUUUGGUUGCGUCAUUGAGACCAUUUACAUCGCUUUCUACAUCACUUAUGCCCCAAGGAAAGCGAGGAUUCCCAACAUUCUUGGAGUCAUCUUUGGGUUGCUUCAGAUGGUGCUGUAUGCAGUGUACAGGAAUAAGUCGAAGAUGGUGGUGGCAGCGCAAUCUCAGUCGCCCCAACACAGCAUUGAUAUCACCAAACUUAAAACACAACUCCCCAACUGCGACAAAAACAUUGAGAAUGAGGUACAGAAAGAAAAUGAUCACCAAAAUAUUGAUCAGACUGGGAAUACCAUGGAGGUUUUCAACUCGAAUCCGAAAAUGGCUUCUGAAGUUUGAACGCAAGAAAAAGAGGCUAAUUUUCUGGGAGGAAAUGAACACCUCUUUGCAAGUGUAGGGGGUUAUAUAUGUGUUGCUUUGUCCCUAUUGUAAUGUGUUUUCUAUUUCAUUAAUUUCUGGUUUUUGAGGUUAUGAUUGUGUUUCGUAUAUAUGCAAUAAGCCCAAACCGACGUU